AUGAUCUCCUCAGAUGGGAUAAAUACUGGGCCAUGGACACGGCAGGUGUAUGUGAAUACACCGGCACAAUCGACGCCGAAAGGUCGGCAAUUAACGAAGAACUGCUUUCGUUUUUCAACAAGACCAUUGAAAGGAGAAGCGAUGGCCACUAUGUACGCCUGCCAUACAAACAAAACCAUCCCCCGCUUCCUUCCAAUAAAACGAUCGCGCUGA